GCACGCAGCGACGAAGCGACGAUGGCGAUGAUGGCGUGCAGCUGUCUCAGCGAUGCACAGCCGUGGAUUCAAGCGACUCGCAGUGCGGCGACGGCUUCCAGAGCAGUCGUGCGGCAAUUUGCAAACCUCCGGUGCACUGCGUGAGCAGCGCUUUGGCUUCCUAGCUUUUGUAGCAUGCCUUGGUGCUUGCUAGUGCCUUACUGCCGCUAGCUAACUCACCGGAAGCUUCCUGAGAUUCAGGGCGUGCUGUGGCCUUCGGGUGCAUCAAGCAUCGCCCCGAGACUGUUAUUUGUCGUCAACUAUUGGGCGCUGCAACGAAAAGUUGCUCGCGGCACCUGGUUCGGGCGCACACACAGCUCUGAAAGCAGUGCAGUGCUUGUGAUCCGCGCGGACAAGAAGUACGACUCGUCGGCCUCCACGCCAUCGAGCAGACGCAGCUCCAAGGAAAGUCUCCGUGAAGCAAUGACCUCUCUCUACGAAGAAGAACUCGCCUUGGCCUCGGACGGCGGUGGGUUCCAAGUGUAUCCCAAGAAGAGCACGCCGCACCUCGACUGCAUCAGCACGGAUCCGCUCGACGGCGCCAAGGCAUUGUCGGCAGUCUGCGCCCGUUGUGGCGAGGACGAGGUCUGGAUCUGCCUCCAGUGCCACGCGCCCCUCUGCUCGCGCUACAAGAACGGUUGUGCGAAAAAGCACGCAGAGGAGAGCAAUCAUCACAUCGCGGUUUCGCUCUCCGACCUGUCGGUGUGGGAUUUUGGGCAGGACUGCUACCUCGACGUCUACGCGAUCCCCAAACUGCGCGCGCCCUACGCGUCAUUACACCUCGCGAAGUUCGGCGAGCCCCCAAGUUUCCCGGGCGCGCCGGUGCUCGAGCUCGGCACCGCGCCGACGGCAGAAAAUGAUUUCCUGAAAGCCACCGACGCGGUAACGACCGCGGUGAAGGCGUACAAGGAGCUUUGGGGUGACGAUACGCGCUUCCCGGCUGCCCGCGAGCUUCUGAUGGCGAUACUCGAAUCAAAGACAUGAGUAGGACGUGCGUGCGUCCAUGUCGCGGCGAUGGCGUGUUGACGGCGGGAGUGGUUCUGCCCCACCCUUAUAUCGCGGCGAUGGCGCUCGUGGCGGGAGCUCUACCCACUGGCCGCGAUGGCGUCGUGGCGGGCGAACGCCAUCGCCGCGACGCAAGAACCACCAGAUGCUGUAUGUGUAAGAAAAGUUAUCCCCA